AUGAUGAAAGGACAGCACAAAGGCCGGGCAAUCGAACCUUUUUUGUUCAAGAAAACAACGGGAAAACUUCUCAUGGGUCGAGCACAAUAUAUCGGAGAAAAUCUUGCAACAAAGGCUACCUUUGUUGCUUCAUUUCCGGUUCCCCAAAGGGCCAGACAAAGCAGUACAAAGUGGUACACCACCAUGCAACGAAGGUCUAUCCUUCCCCCGACCUCGAUUUCGACAGGAGUGGAGCGUGGAAUGUUUCCAUCGAAACCGAGUGGAAGUCAUGGGCGUUAUGCAAGAACAUUCUCAGCGAGAUGUAGAAUUAAGGGAAUCCUUCCUGGGCCCUCGCCGGUCGAGGUUCGGAUACCCAAGCAAACAGAACAGAUUGACCUCCAGUGA